AUGCAGCCACGCAACGCCCGAUGCGAGAUACGAACCAGGCACGAUUCAGCCAACCCUAGCUCCGCCCCUCUCCUCCUAGCCCUACAACGAAGUCCUCGGCCUGUUCAAGCCCAACAGCAGGACGAUCCCUUUAUCGAGACAGCCCUAGCUCGUCGCAGCAUGUUGGAAGCGCUGCCGAAAAAUGACUCAGAAAACACGUCGGGUGCCUUGAUGGCCCGAGCCUGUCCCUCUGGCAAGAAGAGCUGCGGCAAAUCCUGCAUCCCCUCUGCUGCCUCGUGCUGCGGUGACGAUGGCAUCCUGUCCCAGUACUGCAACGAGGGUGCCGUCUGCAACAACCAGAGCGACAACCCCACAGUCUGGUGGUGCUGCCCCAAGUCCAAGCCCAAGUGCUCCAUCAUCGACCCCAAUACUGCGUUCCCCGAGUUUGGCGUUCCCGGCGUCGACGGUGAUUCUGGUUCCGGCUCUUCUGGCUCGGGGUCCUCCGGGUCGGGGUCUUCGGGUUCUGGCUCCUCCGGCUCUGGCUCUGGCUCUGGCUCUGGCUCUGGCUCUGGCUCUGGCUCUGGCUCCGGCUCCAGCGGCUCGUCUGGUUCCAGCUCGGACGACGACAAGAGCGGCUCCUCGGGCUCGAGCUCCAACUCUGGCUCUGGAAACUCAAACUCGAAUGGCAACGGCAACAGCAACAACGACAACAACCAGAAUCAAGGCCGCCCCAAGGGCUUCCCUUCCAAGAAUGCCGCCACUCGUGACGUUGCCUCUGUUUCCGUCUUUGUGCUUGUCGCCGCUGCCGCCAUGGCAGUUUGA